GGUGUCGGUGCCGAGGAUGCUCGGAGCCGGCGGGCGGCACCAUCGCGGGGCGAGGGGGGGACUGGCCCCGCCUCGACGUGUCCCUCCCCCCCCCCCCGGGCGGAGCCAGAGACAGAGCGGGGAACGGGGAGGGGGCAGCCCCAUCACUCCCCAUAGCUCCCUCAGCUGAAUCGCUCCCUAUAGCCCCUCCAGCCCCAUCGCUCCCUAUAGCCCUCCCAGCUCCAUCACUCCCCAUAGCUCCCCCAGCUCCAUCGCUCCCUAUAGCCCCCCCAGCUCCAUCAGUUUUUAUGCCCCCCCAACCUCAUCAUUCCCUAUAGCUUUCCUAGCCCCAUCGCUCCCUACAGCCUCCCCCCAGCCCCAUCAGUCCCUAUAGCUCCCCUAGUCCCAUCGCUCCCUAUAGCCUCUGUCAGCUCCAUCAGCCCCUAUAGCCCCCUCCGGCCCCAUGGCUCCCCAUGGCGCCCCCAGCCUCCCUCCUCGUUGCCAUGGGGACGGGGGGCGGUGCCCCCGUCGCGGGUGGCCGCAGUGGGCGGGAUCGGGCCCGGAAGGGGCGGAGCUGAGGGCGGGGCCCAGGCGUCCGAGCGGCCCCGGGCGUGGGUGCGGGACUCCGGCGUCCGAGCGCUGCUGUCGGCAUGUGGCAGACCGCCAUGCCCCCGUCACGCUGAGGCCGUGCCACAGCCCCUGUCCCAUGGGGAGCGCCUGCGGCUCGCCAGCAACCAGAGGCCGACGGGGCCGUGAUCAGCUCCUGCGUGGCGGCAGCAGCCUGGGACCCGGCGUGCUGUGGGGCCAUGGCAGGCGGCCCAGGCCCCCUGCUGCAGUGGGCCCAGGAGGCGGGCUCCAUGCUGCUGCUGCGGGUUCGACGCACGGUGCUGCAGACUGCCAUCCUCUUCUGCGUGGCCUUGCUGCUCCUCUGGGUCUCCGUCUUCCUCUAUGGCAGCUUCUACUACUCCUACAUGCCCACCGUCAGCUUCGUCAGCCCUGUGCACUACAGCUUCCGGACGGAUUGCAGCUCGCCUGGGCCUGAACUCUGCUCUUUCCCCACUGCCAACAUCUCCCUAGUGAAGGGGAACCGGGACAAGGUGAUGAUGUACGGGCAGCUGUACCGCAUCUCCCUGGAGCUGGAGCUGCCAGAGUCACCGGUGAACCAGGAGCUGGGCAUGUUCAUGGUGGCAAUGACGUGCUACACCAAGGGGGGCCGUGCUGUGGCCUCCUCCGCCCGGGCAGCCAUGCUGCAUUACCGCUCUGGGCUGCUGCGGACGCUGGACACGCUUGCCUUUGCCGGCCUCUUCCUCUCAGGCUUUGCCGAGCAGAAGCAGACGGUGGAGGUGGAGCUGUAUUCAGACUACCGCGAGGACUCGUAUGCCCCAACGGUUGGUGCGGUGCUGGAGAUCCAGAGCAAGCGGAUCCAGCUCUAUGGGGCCCAGCUCCGCAUCCAUGCUCACUUCACCGGCCUACGGUACCUGCUCUACAACUUCCCUAUCACCUCUGCCCUGCUUGGUGUCGCCAGUAACUUCGCCUUCCUCAGCGUCAUCGUCCUCUUCAGCUACCUGCAGUGGGUCUGGGGCAGCGUUUGGCCCUGGGAGCCCCCCACUGUGCAGAUGAGCCUGCGGGAUGGGACUGUUCCCCAGCAGCAACAGGAGGAGUCAGCAGUGCCUGGAGGAGGGCCUGCAGAGGAGCUGGAUGCUGAGGGGCCGGUCUCGAGCUCAGGUGCCUCGCCGCCAGGAAAAGACGCAGAGGUUAUUGGGCCCAUGGUGGAUGGUGCCCCAGCCAAGGAGUCAGAGAUCAGCGAGGACACCGAGUUCGAGUCGGUGGACGAGUCUUCCCUCCUCACUGAAGCCAACAUCCGCCCCACGGAGGAGGGGGAGACCUUGCUGCCAUCCCCCACUGAGGAUGGCACAGCCCCCAUGCCUGUGCCUGCCCCGGGUCCCCGGCAGCGCCACACGUGUUCCAGCUCCUGAGGGGCUUGGGGACCCUGCACCAGCCUUGCACUGCUGGGGGGACCCUUCCCCCAGCCCCACGUUUACAUUCCUCCCCCAGAUCCGCUUGUGGUACAAUAAAAAAAAACCUGCUGGUGA